GGGGGAGGAGGAGGAGGAGGGGGGUGGGAUUUAGUUGAUGAGUGAGGAGGUGGUGGCGGGGAGUGGGAUUUGGUUGAGGGGUGGGGAGGCGGAGGCGGGGAGUGGGAUUUGGUUGAGGAGUGAGGCGGGGGGGAGUGCGUGCGGGUCUUGGUGCGGGUGCGGGUUUUGGUCUUGGUGUGAGAGGAGGUUUCCGUCUCGGUGGUAUCGCAGGGCGGGGUGGUUUCGGAUUCUGUGCUGGUGCUGGUGGUGGUGGUGUCGCAGGGUGGCUCGCUGUCCGUCUCGCUGCUGGGGGGCGGGUGCGUCUUGGUCUUGGUCUUGGUCUUGGUCUUGGUGUGGCUGGUCGGCGGGAUGGUCACCGUCGUGGAGUCGCAGUCCUCGGUCGAGGAGGAAGGGGGAGCAUGGCUGCUGGUGGUGGUGCUGAUGCUGGUGUCGCUGCUAGGAGGCGGGGCGGAGGUGGACAGCGUGCAGCCGGUGGCCCCGAUCACGGACCAGCUGGUUUCACACCAAAGGCCCUUGCAGUUCUCGUGGCAGGGGAACGACGUGUACGACGUGGCCGGCGGGGUCGGGCAACCGCAGUUCUGCGUCACGGUGCUCACGACGAGGCAGGCCGGGACCGGGCAGGUGCGGCACUGGUGGGCCGUCGCCGUGAUGGUCGGGCAGCCGGUUGGGUGUGGAGGGGCCUUCGUGGUGUGAUGGUCGCCAGUAGCCACCACAGGUGCGAUGCUGUGCGAGUAAGUUAAGUCAGCAAGGGGUAGGUAGGUAAGUAGGGCUAGAGGGGCCCCCGGGAGAGGGUGAGUCCAUCACACUUACACCGCAGCGCCGGCGGCAAACAGUACCGCAAACGAGUGCAUCUUGAUCUAAACGAGUGUCAAGCUGAGCAGUGUAGUACAAAGUAGCGAUUGUGUUUGGAGAAAGCUCUUGUGUCCCCCCAUUCCGGGCGGA